GAUUGCACAAAAAAACGAAAAAAUAAUAGGUAAAAUUAAAAUUUCAAAUUUCAGUUUGUAGCAAUCGAUCCGUCAUUUACCAAGUGGUGACGUUACCUGACGCCUGACUACUAAACAAACGCAACCUCCUCGAUUGAUAGUUCAAAACAGUGCAGCUUCAGAGAGCAGCCGGCUAUCUCACACGCACGCUACUUGUAACCAAGUGUUUAGUGACCUAUUCGUUGUUUACUUAUAAUAAUCAGUCGUGUAAAAUUCAACUCGAUGGUCUUGUCCACUCAAACCGUUAACGGUGGUAAUAAAAUGGAGAAGCACAACAACAAGAGCGAGCAGGAGCUCUCCAUCACGACCGAGGACGUGGUGUACGAGGAGGAGAUCGUACGCAAUCCCUACUCGGUCAAACACUGGCAGCGCUACAUCGAGCAUCUGACCGCCAGCAAGAGCUCGAACUUGAACGUCGUCUACGAGAGAGCUCUGAAGGAAUUGCCAGGCAGUUACAAGCUCUGGUACGCCUAUCUGCAGCACAGGCUCAAGCGUCUCAAAGGCCGACGCAUCGACGAUCCGAUGUACGAGCAGCUCAAUCACAUCUUCGAGCGGGCCCUGGUUUUCAUGCACAAAAUGCCAAGGAUCUGGAUGGACUAUUGUCAAUUCAUGACCGAGCAAGAUCUCGUGAAGAGAACGCGGCACAUCUUCGAUAGGGCCCUGCGUGCCUUGCCUCUCACUCAGCAUCACAGAAUAUGGCCGCUCUACUUGACGUUUGUAAAAAAAUACAACAUUCCGGAGACAGCUAUAAGGAUCUUUCGCAGGUAUCUCAAGUUAGCACCCGAGGAGGCGGAGGAGUACAUCGACUACUUGAUAUCCAUCGGGAAACUGGACGAGGCUGCGGUCAAACUCGCCGAAGUAGUCAACGCUGACGAAUUCGUUUCCAAAUAUGGGAAAUCCAAGCAUCAGUUGUGGAACGAGCUGUGCGACUUGAUAUCAAAAAAUCCAACUAAAAUCAGAUCAUUGAAUGUCGAUGCAAUCAUUCGUGGAGGACUCAGGAGAUACACCGACCAAGCUGGUCCCUUGUGGAAUGCUCUUGCUGACUAUUACGUCAGAAGUGCUCUUUUUGAAAGAGCUAGAGAUAUUUACGAGGAGGGCAUUCAAAGCAUUUCUACGGUAAGAGAUUUUGCACAAAUAUUUGACGCAUAUGCUCAAUUCGAAGAGUUAAGUAUAAAACGGAAAAUGGAAGAAGUUGGAGAAAAUCCAACUCCAGAAGACGAUAUUGAUUUGGAGCUGAGGAUUGCCAGACUUGAACAUCUUAUGAGCAGAAGAUUAUUGUUAUUGAAUUCAGUUACUUUAAGACAAAAUCCACAUAAUGUUUCGCAGUGGCAUGAACGAGUAAAAUUGUAUGAAGGCCAACCUCAUGAAAUCAUUAAUACUUAUACUGAAGCUGUGCAGACAGUCGAACCCAAACAAGCUGCUGGAAAAUUACACACUUUAUGGGUGGCAUUUGCCAAUUUUUAUGAAAAAAAUGGGCAACUGUCAGAUGCCAGGACAGUAUUUGAGAAAGCCAUUCUUGUACCUUAUCUUAAAGUCGAUGAUCUAGCUUCUGUAUGGUGUGAGUGGGCUGAAAUGGAAAUACGCCAUGAUUGUUAUGCUGAAGCAUUAAAGUUGAUGCACCGUGCUACGGCAAUGCCAUCCAGAAAAGUAGCUUACCACGAUGAAACUGAAACUGUACAAGCGAGAUUGUAUAAAUCUUUAAAAGUAUGGUCAAUGUAUGCUGAUUUGGAAGAAAGUUUUGGAACCUUCAAGACAUGUAAAGCAGUCUAUGAUAAGAUCAUAGAUUUGAAAAUUGCUACUCCACAGAUCAUAAUAAAUUAUGGACUAUUCUUGGAAGAAAACAAAUAUUUCGAAGAAGCUUUCAGAGCAUAUGAGAAAGGCAUUGCUCUAUUCAGAUGGCCAAAUGUUUAUGAUAUUUGGAAUACAUAUCUUACAAAAUUCCUACAAAGAUAUGGUGGAUCUAAAUUGGAAAGAAGUAGAGACCUGUUUGAACAGUGCCUAGAAAAUUGUCCACCAAAGUAUGCAAAGGCUUUAUAUUUGUUGUACGCAAAGUUAGAAGAAGAACAUGGUUUGGCUCGUCAUGCAAUGUCAGUUUAUGAAAGAGCAACAGGUGCUGUGUUAGAUGAAGAGCGAUUCGGAAUGUUUAAUAUUUAUAUUAAAAAAGCAGCAGAUAUAUAUGGAGUUCCAAAGACUAGAGAGAUUUAUGAAAAGGCGAUAGAAGUAUUAAAGGAAGAAAAUGCUCGAGAGAUGUGCAUGAGAUAUGCUGAUAUGGAAACCAAACUCGGUGAGGUUGAUAGGGCAAGAGCAAUAUACAUUCAUUGUAGUCAAUUCUCAGAUCCAAGAAUGACCAACAAGUUCUGGCAAACUUGGAAAGAUUUUGAAGUAAGCCACGGUAAUGAAGACACAAUGAGAGAGAUGCUUAGGAUAAAACGUUCAAUCCAGGCUGCGUAUAAUACAACACAGAUCAACUUAUCGGCUCAAGCAUUAACAUCUAGUGAAAAUAAUGAGCCAAUCAGUGCCAUGGAUUCUUUGAAUGCAGCCACAACGAAAUCUGGUGAACAGCAAGAAAUCAUGCGCUCUGCCCACACAAUCAACUUCGUUCGAGGAGCUACAGUUGGUGGAGCAAGUGCAGAACCAAAAGUUGUUAACCCAGACGAAAUUAACAUCGAUGCAGAUGCCAUGGACGUCGACGACGAUGAUGAUGACGACGACGACGACGAAAUGGACCAAGAUAAUAGCGAAAAUGGCGAAACUGAAGAUGUUCCUGUUGAACAACAACAAAUUCCAACUCAAGUAUUUGGUGGCUUGAAAAAUGACGAUGAAAACGACUAAAUACAUUGAUUCUAUAAAUAUAUUUUCUAUAAAAUGUAGCUAUAUGAAUGAAAUCAUAGUUAAAAAUAAUUGUUAAUAUCAUUACUCAAUUAAUGAUACUGUAUAAUAUUGUAUUUAUGAUAUUGUAAUAAAUUAAAAUUUUUUUUUAAGUAACA